AUGUCGUCUAAAGUACAAGGCUCUAGACACAAUUUCGGUGCAACAACACCUUUGCGAUCAGACAAAAGACAAAAACGCGAAAACAGGAAAGAAGAAAGACCAAGUGCUGACACCUCUUGUUCAUACCCUAUUUUGGCCUAUUUUCCGUCUUGUUUGUUUGGUACCAUUUUGGAAGACACUAUAAUCAAGAUACGAAUUCUGAUUGACUGCAACAUUGAAGGCACUAUAAAUAGCAUCUUGGUAGAUAUUGACUCGCAUAUCAAAAAAAAAUACGGCAUAACGCAGCCUGCAGUCGUUGACUUGGAAGAUUUUAUUGGCAAACGUGAUAUCGAAGCCGAUGACUUCAAGAUGUUUAAAAUGAGCAACGACAGGGCGAUUCUUAACGAAGUAUUGAUAGACACAUACAAGGAUCUUGUAUUGAGCAAGAACUACAUGUCACUGAUUAAUAAAAUCCAGAUGAUCGCUGACGGUAACAAGCAUUUCGCAAUGUUGCAAUUGGAAACAGAGAAAAAUAAAAUGUUGGUAACAUCUAUAAAUAUAGUAGCAGUAGAGCUCCUGGUGUAG